AUGAAGCGCUGUUCGUGUGCCUGUCAGAGUGGAAGGGGGGCGGGUAGAUUUGGGUUAAUGAGUAAGGCGAGUGCAUCUUUUCUGGGUCGGGUUGCGAAAAGGCAGUGCCGUGGAGUUGCAGCCUUGCUGGAUACUUGCGGUUGCUCCGCUGCCAUUUGGGGGGUGUUUAUUGCUAUUCGGGGACACUACUUACUUUUGUUACUUUUGCUCUGCUCCAUUGACCAGGAGCCUCCAAACGACAAUGCUUUGUCAACGGUUCGUAAGAUGGCUUCGGAGGGGGUGUAA